GCUUAUCAUCCGCAUUAUUAGCGCAUAUCAGUGUUGAGUUCCGCAGCCGCCGGUGAUCGCUGCGGCACGGAUCCGGUCCCUGUGAUCGAUUUGAUCGAUUAGAGGUGAUUUAUGUGUGCUGUAGGCCGCGGCCCGUAAACACGCUCCGUCAGGACGGAACCGGACGUCAGCGCGAGCACCGUUACCGGAGAGGAUGAGACGCGUCUGCUCGUGAUGGAGGACUGGAGCCACUGUUUGGAUGUGGCCGUGCAGAUCGCGCUCAGGGCCGGACAGGUGGUUCAGUCGGCGGUGAAGCAGGAGAAGCAAGUGAGCAGCAAGAGCACACCGACAGACCUGGUGACGGAGACAGACCAUCAGGUGGAGGAGCUCAUCAUCUCCACUCUCAGGGAGAAAUACCCCACACACAGGUUCAUUGGUGAGGAAUCGUCUGCUGCUGGAGUGAAGUGUGAACUGACUGAUGACCCGACGUGGAUAAUCGAUCCCAUCGACGGGACGUGUAACUUUGUGCACAGCUUCCCUAUGGUGGCAGUGAGCAUCGGAUUUGCUGUAAGGAAAGAGAAGAUUUCUGCCCCUCAGCUGGAGCUCGGGGUCAUCUACCACUGUUUUGACGGGACGCUGUAUACGGCCAGGAAAGGACACGGAGCCUUUUGCAACGGUGUGCGACUACAGGUUUCAAAAGAAAAAGAUGUGUCGAAGGCCCUCAUUCUCACAGAGAUCGGGGCGAAGAGAGACCCUGCAACACUGGAUAUCUUUUUAGGAAAUAUGAAGAAAUUGUUGAGCGCACCUACUCAUGGUGUGAGGAUCAUCGGCAGCUCGACGCUAGCGCUCUGUCACAUCGCCAGCGGCGCGGCCGAGGCCUAUUACCAGUACGGUCUGCACUGCUGGGACAUCGCAGCGGCCGCGGUCAUCAUCAGAGAGGCCGGCGGACACGUCAUGGACACCACAGGAGGCCCGCUUGACCUCAUGUCCAGACGGGUUGUGGCCGCUGGGACGCGUGAGAUCGCCGACUGUGUGGUCAAGCAGCUGCAGCCGAUCAACUACGGCCGCGACGACACUGACCCCGACGACCUGGCCUGAGUGACCUCUGACCCCAUCCUAAGCCUUUUACCUCAGAACACAAUCCUGCCACAUCACAGCUGCAGAGUCCUUUCAACACUACAUUCACAUCUUUAUCAGUUUAAUAUCAUCUGAUUUGUCUGUUAAGUCACGCCAUUCGUUUUAUUUCUGGAUAAACACAAAGAUAAAUCACUGGAACCACAACCAUAUUUAACUUUUUAUACCUUGUAGUUGAUUAAAUUGCGUCAUGCGUGGAAAUAAUGUUGGCAUGUUAAACACUGGGAGUCGCUUCAGAUGCCUUGAAAUCACAAGGAUGCUGAUGAUGCCAAAUUCAGCUGAUUAUCCAUGCGCACCGUUUGAUUUGACAUCACGAAAUGGAAAUAUCUGCUUCUGAUCAGAGAAGAGCGGCUGGUUAUGAUUCCUCCAGAUAUUACAGUAGAGAAUACACACAGCUAAUCAGAUCAUCACUCAGGAAUUAAACUGGUAUUUUAGAUAUAACUGAAGAUUACAGAGGUUUCUAUGAACAAACAGCUAAAAUCCAUAAUUAAUCAAUAAAAAGUUCUCCUGUAAAAUAUCUAAACGUCAUUAUCAAAAAGAGGAAACAUUAUGAUUUUUAAAUGUUUUUAAUAAAGCCUUUUAUGCUCACCGAGCCUGUAUUUAUUUGAUCUAAAAUACAGUAAAAACAGUGAUAUUGGGAAAUAUUACAAUUUGGAAUAGCUG